AUGUCGCAGUUACAAGUGCAGGGUCAGGCGGUUCCUGUGGCGGUGACGUCGCCGCCUCCGCCAGCACAGCAGCAGCAGCAGCAGGUGGUGAAUGGGGUGGCGGGUAAUGGUGUGAAUUUGACGACGUCGUUGUAUGUUGGAGAUCUUGAUCUGAGUGUAACGGAAUCUCAGCUUUAUGACUUUUUUAGCCAAGUGGGAACGGUAGUUUCGGUUAGGGUUUGCAAAGACUUGAGUAGCCGCCGUUCUCUUGGUUAUGGUUAUGUUAAUUACAGCAACACCCAUGAAGCGGCACGGGCGUUGGAUGUACUGAAUUUUACUCCUAUCAAUGGCAAGCCAAUUAGGAUUAUGUAUUCUAACAGGGAUCCUACUGUCCGUAAAAGUGGAUCAGGAAAUAUAUUUAUCAAGAAUUUGGACAAGACAAUUGACAACAAAGCUCUACAUGACACAUUUUCUACAUUUGGGAAUAUUCUAUCUUGCAAGAUAGCUACUGAUCAUUCUGGCCAGUCUAAAGGAUAUGGGUUUGUGCAAUUUGAUACUGAGGAGUCUGCUAAAAAUGCAAUUGAUAAGCUGAAUGGUAUGCUACUUAAUGACAAACAAGUUUUUGUUGGACCUUUCCUUCGUAAACAGGAAAGAGAGUCUGCCAUAGACAAGACAAAGUUUAACAAUGUUUACGUAAAGAAUCUGUCAGAAUCAACAACUGACGAGGAUUUAAAGAAUUUAUUUGGUGAAUAUGGACCUAUAACUAGUGCUGUGAUCAUGAGAGAUGCAGAUGGAAAGUCAAAAUGUUUUGGAUUUGUCAACUUUGAAAAUCCUGAUGAUGCUGCUCGAGCUGUUGAUUCUCUCAAUGGAAAGAAGUUUGAUGAUAAAGAAUGGUAUGUUGGGAAAGCACAGAAGAAAUCUGAAAGGGAAAUGGAAUUGAAGGGGCGGUAUGAGCAGAGUUUAAAGGAAACUGCAGACAAAUUUGAAGGACUGAAUUUAUAUGUUAAAAACCUAGAUGAUAGCAUUGAUGAUGAUAAGCUUAGGGAACUGUUCUCAGAAUUUGGUACAAUCACCUCAUGCAAGGUUAUGCGUGACCCUAAUGGUAUAAGUAGAGGCUCAGGCUUUAUUGCCUUUUCAACUUCUGAAGAAGCAUCUCGAGCUCUUGCGGGGAUGAAUGGCAAAAUGGUAGUUACUAAACCACUUUAUGUUGCCCUUGCACAAAGGAAAGAAGAAAGGAGAGCUAGGUUGCAGGCACAGUUUUCUCAAAUGCGUCCUGGUGCAAUGGCAUCUGGUGUUGGCCCUCGGAUGCCCAUGUAUCCUCCUGGUGCUCCAGGUCUUGGACAACAACUAUUCUAUGGUCAAGGCCCUCCUGCUAUAAUUACUCCCCAACCUGGUUUUGGGUAUCAGCAGCAACUAGUUCCUGGCAUGAGGCCAAACUUUUUCAUGCCAAUGGUUCAGCCAGGUCAGCAGAAUCAGCGCCCAGGAGGCAGGCGAUCUGGAGCUGGCCCCAUGCAACAAACACAGCAGCCACUUCCCUUCAUGCAGCCACAGAUGCUUCCUAAGGGGCGUGUCUACCGUUAUCCCCCAGGUCGCAACAUGCCUGAUGUUCCAAUAUCUGGUGUUCCUGGAGGCAUGCUUCCUGUUCCUUAUGACGUGGGUGGAAUGCCAUUCAGAGAUGCUGCAUUUUCACAGCCCAUGACAACUGGGGCUCUGGCUACCGCUCUUGCAAAUGCAACACCUGAACAGCAGAGGACGUUGCUGGGAGAAAAUCUAUACCCACUUGUAGACCAGCUGGAGCAUGAGAAUGCAGCAAAAGUGACAGGCAUGCUUCUAGAGAUGGACCAGACUGAGGUUCUACACCUGCUAGAGUCACCAGAAGCUCUGAAAGCCAAAGUUGCAGAGGCUAUGGAAGUUCUAAGGAAUGUUGGUCCACCGCAGCAAAAGGCCAAUAGCACAAGUGAUCGGAUGGCCUCAUUGUCUCUAAAUGACAACCUUGUCUAAUGGCUCUGGUGUUGCAUGCAUUUAACUAUUUGAUCCUUCAAAUAAGUUUUAAGUGUGGCUUUGAUUUUGGUUUUUAGGGAUUUGCUCAAUAAUUUGGAGUCAGCUGGAUUUUAUUGAACUUGGAUUUUUAAGUUGUGGUUUUUUACUUUUAUAUCUAGACAUAUUGCAGUUUGCAAGAGGUCUAGUUUAAAUCACUUUGGGUGGUUCUUAAUUUUC